UCGGGUUUCAGACACUUAACCCGACCCGAAUUCAUAUUUGUUUUUUUUAGCACAAUUUCAAAUCAUGACAGAGUUUCUUAUUUUUCACCAAAGUAACAAUUACUCUGUUUGGCCUGUGUACUUCCCUUUCAAAUCCCACUUAUAUACUAUGUCAAUAAUCGUGGUUUGAAGAUGAGUUCUAGUUCUUGGCCUCUGUUGUUUGACUCCUUAAGGAGCAUAGUUGAAACUCUUGAGAAAGCUAAUACUGCUGAUGUUUCUGUGGUUAGAGCCAUAAAACAAUGUUCUGAGACUUCAAGAUGUCUUUUGGCUGCCAGUGAAAGAACAGGUCUGUUAGCUGAUCACAUGCAGCUGCUAAAUUUUUUGCUCAGAAUUGUUUCCAGUUUUCAACCAGAGGCAAGUAAUUUGUCAAAUUCAAGAGGCAAGAAAAAAAUAUCUGGUUCCAGCAGUUUAUGGGAAGUUGAAAUGGUCGCUUUUACUAUGAUUGGCGAACUAUAUUCGAGAUUUGGAUCUUCUUUACCAGUUGACAAUUGGCAAUCAACAAUUGAGAUCCUUAGAAACAUUUUGGAAAUGGUGGCGUCUAAGGCCCUUAUUAAGGAAGAUGGAGCCACUGCCAGGUUUUAUUCCUCGCUUCUACAUUGCCUGCACUUGGUUCUUACAGAUUCCAAGGGACCGUUGUCUGGCCAUGUGGCAGGUCUUGUUGUGGCUUUGAGGAAUUUUAUUCAUUAUGGCCUUACGAAUAAAUCACACGAAAUGUUUGCCAUCGCUGAUAAGAAGCAGAUUACUUCUGCGAGCAUGAAGCCCGAUUUGACAGAAUCAACAAAACCACAGACCGGUCGAUAUAUGCCUCCACACUUACGGAAUAAAAAUCUAAAAAGUUUGCAGUUGGAGGAUGAGAAAUCACUAACACUGUCAUCUGAUUCAGAAAACAGUGAUAGUGAUGGAUCAGGGCGGGGUGCUUGCAAUACACUCUAUGCCAAGACUAGAUUAGCUGCGAUCAUCUGUAUCCAGGACCUUUGUCUUGCUGAUCCCAAAUCAUUUACGGCUCAGUGGACAAUGCUUUUACCAUCUAGUGAUGUCUUACAGCCAAGGAGGUAUGAGGCAACAUUGAUGAGUUGUUUGCUGUUUGAUCCAUUUCCAAAGGCACGGAUUGCAGCUGCCUCUGCCAUCAGGGCUAUGCUGGAUGCUCCAUCAUCUGUUUUUCUUCAGGUUGCAGAAUUCAAGGAAUCAACUAAAUGUGGCUCAUUUAUGGCGCUCUCCAGCUCCCUUGGACAGAUUUUAAUGCAGCUGCACUCAGGGACUUUAUACUUAAUCAAACGUGAAACGCACAGUGGAUUGCUAGCGUCCUUGUUCAAAAUUUUGAUGCUUUUGAUAACAUCCACACCGUAUUCCAGAAUGCCUCGUGAAUUGUUGCCAACAGUUAUCUCUUCUAUUCAAGCUAGGAUUGAAGAAGGCUUUUUGUCCAGAAAUGACCAGAAUAUCCUAUUGGCAACCGCAAUCAACUGCUUGAGUGCAGCCUUGUCAGUCUCACCGUUUUCAGUUGAAGUCAAAGAUAUGCUUGUGGCAGAAGUAUCGGCAGGUUUCAUCAGUACUCAAUCGAAGUCGGGCAUUUUGUCUAUGUUGUUUCGGUAUUGUGAACCAGGAGUAAGCCCAACAGUUGGCUUUGAGGCACUUCAGGCUGUCAGAGCUGUGGCACACAACUAUCCUAGCGGGAUGGUGCUGUGUUGGGAAAAGAUUUCCCAAUUAGUUCAUGGAGUCUUGACUUUCUCUCCUGAGACAAGGUCUUGGAGAGAUAAUGUUGGAAACUCAAAUGAGCCAAUUGGAGACAAAGUCAUAACCGCUUCAAUCAAGGUUUUGGAUGAAUGUCUUCGUGCAGUCUCUGGAUUUAAGGGAACUGAAGAUCUUUCGAGUGAUAUAUCACUUGAUAGCCCCUUUACAUCUGACUAUGUCAAGUUAAAAACAAUCUCGUCGGCUCCAUCUUAUGGGCGACAUGAUUGUGCUGUAAAUAGUGAUGGAGCUGAAAAGCUGUCAGGAAGUGAGCAGUGGCUGGAAGCAAUUGUUAGGCAUUUGCCUCUUAUCCUUCAGCAUUCUUCUCCAAAGGUGAGGGCUGCAUCAGUUACUUGUUUUGCUGGAAUAACUGCCACAGUUUUCUUUUCUCUGCCAAAGGAUAAACAAGACUUCAUCCUGAGCUCUUGUGUUAAAACUGCAAAAAGUGAUGAGGUUCCGAAUGUUAGAUCAGCUGCUUGUCGUGCUAUUGGUGUAAUUGCUUGUUUUCCACACAUUUUCCAAAGUGCAGAGAUUUUUGACAAGUUCAUUUCUCCUGCUGUGGACAACAGUCAUGAUUCCUCAGUAUCGGUUCGCAUAACAGCCUCGUGGGCUUUAGCUAAUAUAUGUGAUGCACUUCGCCACCACGUUGAUGUACAUGGAUUUGAGGAAUUCUUUUCAGUGAGCUCACAGUGUAUCUCCUUGCUGAUUGACUGUGCUUUACAACUUACGAACGAUAAUGACAAGGUCAAAGCAAAUGCUGUGAGAGCAUUGGGUAACCUUUCAAGAGUUGUUAGGUUUUCAAGUCAAUCAUUUGCUUAUGACCGGCAAGCAGAUUCAGUGGUCGGAUCUUCUGGGGGCAAGCCCACAAAAGGUUUGUCCAUUUGCGAGGAUCUGGGAGAAAGUCGAAGUCCACAUGCCGCUCCCUUGGAAAAUUUUAAAUGGCUUGAGAAGAUGGUGCAGGCAUUUAUUUCUUGUGUUACAACUGGAAACGUUAAGGUACAGUGGAAUGUUUGCUACUCAUUGAGCAACUUGUUUUCCAAUCCAACGUUGAAGCUGGAAAACAUGGUUUGGGCGUCAUCAGUUUUUAGCAUUCUUUUGCUACUUCUCCGUGAUUCCUCUAAUUUUAAGAUCAGGAUACAAGCAGCUGCAGCUUUGGCUGUUCCAGCAACCUUAAACGAUUAUGGCAGAUCAUUCUUUAGUGUCCUUCAAGGUGUGCAGCAUGUUGUCGAGAGUCUGAGUUCUGAUGAGAUUUCGUCACCAUCAAAUUUGAAAUAUAGGUUGGCACUUGAAAAGCAGCUGACCUCAACUAUGUUGCAUUUGCUUGGCCUCACUUCGAAAACAGAUGAUCGCCAUGUCCAUGAGUUCCUAAUGAAGAAAUCAUCCUUCUUCGAGGAGUGGUUUAAGUUGGUCUGCAUGUCUCUUGAGAAAUCACCUAACCAGUUUGAGGCCGAAUAUUACUCUUCUGUUAACCACAAGAAAGAUGUAGUAUUCAGAGCGGUUAGAUCACUUAUUGAGGUGUAUGAAGCGCAUGAUCUUCACGCUGUUGUACAAAGGUUUCACAAGCUAACCAACAUCCUAUAACGGGUUUUCCAGUUUUGGCUCCUACUUUUUCUUGGUCGGUCUGGUGUGUAUUUUCUCCAGCUGCUGCUGCUGCUGCUGCUUGAGCUGGUUGCCCUUGUCCAGUUGACGCUAUACCUUAGCUCUGUAAUUUUGCCAUUUCACUCAGGUUGAAUGACACAAAUGACGACCUGCAGAAUAGUCUGCCGAACAAAGUGGUGGUUGUCUUUUGAUGUGCAUUUUACCAAAAUGGCUGCCUUUAGCAAAAGGAUGAGCAUAAAAGCUCCCAAUGAUUACGUGUAGAUUAGUGUGAGAACAAAGCAGUCGUCUUCUUUGGGAUGUGCAUUUCCAUGGAAGUUAUGAGCACAAAAAAUCAGCAUGAUAACCUGUAAAUUAGCCUGAUGAACAACUUGAUAAGUUAUCGUUGGAUGUGCAUCUCAUCCUGUGCUUGAAUGGUCCUAUAGCAACAGGAUGAACAGAAACGUUCCCAGUAUCCUCUGGUAUUUCACUUGCUGAAAAGAUUUGAGUGGCUGGCUAUUCAAUACAUGGACAUUUCAGUAGGUGUGCAGGAGAAACUUGUACGUUCUCUAUAUUUUGUGUCAUAUGCUAAUCUAUUUAAGCAAUGUUAGUCAUCUGGAGAUAGUCCUGUAUUUGUUGUACUUUUUGUGUAACAAUGUCAGUUUCCGUUCUUAUUAUUUAAGACUGGCACCGCGUAGUUUUCGCCGUGAUAUCUAUUAUCUAUAAAGUAAGGUGUGCAGUCUAUUUGUAUUGAAUUAACUACACCUAAAACAUAACCUACAAAAGACAUAUCUCGUGGA